AUGGACGCAUCAACUACUGACGAAGCCAAAUCGCACUUCCCAAUUGUCGGAAGUGAUGGGUGGUCCACCGCGGACGAAGCAACCGCAACCUGCUUCUGCGGCGCCGUGCAAUUGUCUUUUCCAACCCACGGUCCCGGAUUCGUGGUCUCCUUCAUCUGCAACUGCACCGACUGCCACAAAAUCACGGCCUCGAUACACUCGACCGGCUUCAUCGUCCACGACACCUACCUGAAACAUCUGCGCGGGCAGGCGGUCCUGAAGACAUACACGCAGCCCAAAUCCCCCGGGAGCGAGACGACGGUGACCAACCACUUUUGUUCCACGUGCGGAUCGCUCAUGUAUCGCGUCAGUGCGGCUUAUCCGGGCAUGAGUGCGCUACGGGUUGGGACGGUGGACGAUUUUUCUUUGCAUGAAACGAGGUUGCGGCCGACGGUGGAGUUGUUUACCAAGGACCGCGUAGCGUGGAAGCCUCCUACCGCUGGGGUGGAGCAGUUUGUGGCCGAUGGGUUGCAUUAG